CUCUUCGAUCCAUCAUUGUUCACUUUUGGCCAAAGAUUUGCUACAAUAACGGAAAAAUAAUCAAUCAAUAAGUCCUAUCAAUUCUCAAAUCGUCUUGCAGUCGAUCUACAGUAUUCAGAAACCAUAAUGGCCAGGACAACUCGCUCAAAGCGAGCAGUCAAGGACUCAUCCCCCGAGCCUGCACCUGCGAAGAACAUCAGAAAGCUCUCUGCCAGCGUCGACAAUCCCCAUAAAUUGUUCGUCCUACCCAGGCACGCGACAAAAGACUCCCGUAUCAUUACCCUAGAAAAUCCAGCGACCGCGGAACCGUCACGAUACUUCUUCUGCCCAGAGAAAGGCUUCUACGAAUUCACAUGCAUCGCUGCACCGAAGAAGGCACCACGGAGUUGGCUGAUAAUAUCUGAGAAGAGCACAGAAACCGAAUCGCAAGAGCAUGGAACAGCAAUAGAUGAGGCAGAACUAGGGAGUGGAUAUGUCACAAAGGAGGCCAAUUUGUUCCUGGCAACGCCCAUCGACGCACUCUUCUUGAUCCUCCCCGCGCUCGCGCCCAAGUCGAGGAAAGAUGAGAAAGCACUAUUCUUGUCCCUUGACGACCACCUUGAUGCGUUAUCUGCAACAUCACGGCACCUCAAAGCUCUACUGUCACAAUUCCCGUGUCUGCGAACCAUGCUGGAGAAACGCUUCUCGGCAUGCUGCGACACUGUAGAUGCAGGCGAUGAACUCAUGUAUCGCCUGUCCAACCAAAAGCUUUAUAACCUCCUCGUCGAGAAAGCUGAGCGAAUGAGCAAGAACGGAUUCCCAGCCUCAAUGGAAGAGCGCUUCAUGAAGCCGGCAUUGGACGUUCCAAUUAUGAACAUCAAGCGCGAAGAAAGCACACUCAGUAGCACAGCGUCAGUCUCCGAACAAACUUCAACAUCCGACUCCCAGACCUCGUCAGCCUCAGAUACAAGCACACCAACAUCUCAAUCCACAAUCGCAACAUCCAUCAGCACCGCCACCACUUCGGACGAUGCAACUCACACGCAGCCCUUAACAACUCCCGCCGAAAUCCCCUCCCUUCUACGCCUCCGCUCCUCAAUAACUUACCUCACCGCCGCCUACAUCCCACCCCUCCUCCAGAAUUCCAUAACCCAACUCCUACAGACCAGCACAUCGCCCUCCUUUGCAGACCUCGACGCCCACCUCGCCAACAUUGCGAAGCUGCGGUCCGAGGCAGCGGCUCUACGCUCGAUGUCGGAUAACAUCAGUAGGAAAAGGGGACUUGAUGACGAUGAGGAAAAGGUGGCGGAGAGGGAGGAGAAGAAGAGGAAGAAAGAAGAGGAGGAGAAGAGGAAAAAGACAGAGAGUAGGGGGAUCAAGCAGCUGAAGAAGGUGGAUACAAGUGGGAUGAUGAAACUGAGUAGUUUCUUUACGAAGGCGCCGAAGAAGUGAAGUGAGGGACCUUUCACUUAAGGACUCGUUGAUAUGCUAUGACGUAAACAGUGUUGUAAUGGCUGGAAAAGAAUGAGCAUCUUGUAUUGCCAGAUGCGAAGAGAAACCGAACGCAUUUGUAUUCAGAGGUGGUUCACGGAGAUAUGGUCACUAGAAGAGCAUGUUAUCGGAUAUACCUAAUUGCAUUUCUUU